CCAAGCCUUUCCUCGCGCAGCCGCCUCCAAAGCCUGGAGAAGUGGAAUUUCGCUGCCGUUGCUCCCUGCGCGGGCCUCGCGGAGCCGCACUGGGCAUGCUCAGUUGCCGCAGCCAGUGCUGCUCUAAGUAGGAAGCUCGCGUGCUGCAGCCCGCAGCUGAUCCCGGCGAUCAGCGGACUGCGAGACCUAGGAGCCGGGUCCGGAGCCGAUCGAACGCCGCGCAGCGCAGGUUGGAGUGUCUGUAGCGGAGCUGCCGUGCUCACCAGCCAAGCAUGUUGUUUUCCGAUCUGCCCAGCCCUGGAAUAGAAACUUUUGCUGGAUGGAAAAUCCAUAAAAGAAAGCUCUUGUGAAAGGCCGAUUCUGACACUGACUUAAGUGUGCCCAGCUAGCCCUCUCACUGUUUCUGGAGUCCUCCAGAGUUCCUGAGUCCCCUGCUAACACGCUGAUGGUCGCUAUGGGCAGAAGGUACCCAGAGGCUCGCGGGUGUCCAGGCAGCUCAUAUUUCAAAUUAUAACCUGCUUCCUGCACCCCUGCUGACGCCCAGCGAUCCAUGUCAGAAGUACUUCCAGCUGACUCAGGUGUUGGCACCUUGGCAGUGUUUAUGGCCAGCAGCGGAACCACAGACAUUGCGAAUCGGAACAGCCCAGCCACACCACCGAAUACCCUCAAUCUCCGUUCCUCCCACAAUGAACUAUUAAAUGCAGAGAUCAAACACUCAGAUGCCAAGAACAGCACGCCCCCCAAAUGCAGGAAAAAAUAUGCACUGACUAAUAUUCAGGCGGCCAUGGGCCUCUCGGAUCCAGCCGUACAGCCUCUGCUGGGAAACGCCUCUGCCAACAUCAAGCUGGUUAAAAAUGGGGAGAACCAGCUCCGCAAGGCUGCAGAACAGGGACAGCAGGACCCCAACAAGAACCUCAGUCCCGCAGCCGUCAUCAACUUAACCUCUGAGAAGCUGGAGGUUAGAGAUCUCCACCCACAGGAGUCCUCAGGCUGUGAGAUUUUGCCCUCUCAGCCCAGGAGAACUAAGAGCUUUCUCAAUUACUAUGCAGACCUGGAAACCUCAGCUAGAGAGCUAGGGCAGAACCUGGGCCCUUGCCAGGGGGUUGGAGAGGAGAAAGCCCAGCCAGUCCCAGGCCAGGCCCCAGGAGUCAUUGGGAAUGGUGACUUGCUGCCACAGAAACCAAACAAACCCCAGUCCAGCCCAGAGGAUGGCCAAGUAGCCACAGUAUCAUCCAGCCCAGAGACCAAGAAAGACCACCCUAAAACAGGAGCCAAAACUGACUGCGCCCUCCAUCGAAUCCAGAACCUGGCACCAAGUGACGAGGAAUCUAGCUGGACGACGCUGUCCCAAGACAGUGCUUCCCCCAGCUCCCCAGAUGAAACAGCAGAUAUCUGGAGUGAUCACUCAUUUCAGACAGAUCCAGAUUUGCCGCCUGGCUGGAAAAGAGUCAAUGACAUUGCUGGGACCUAUUACUGGCACAUCCCGACAGGGACGACGCAGUGGGAACGGCCCGUCUCCAUCCCAACAGAACUCCACGGCUCUAGGAAAGGGUCGCUUAGCUCUGUAACGCCAUCUCCCACCCCAGAGAACGAGAAACAGCCAUGGAGUGAUUUUGCUGUUCUGAAUGGGGGAAAGAUUAAUAGUGACAUUUGGAAGGAUUUGCACGCAGCCACAGUUAACCCAGACCCCAGUUUAAAAGAGUUUGAAGGAGCAACGCUACGCUAUGCAUCCUUGAAACUCAGAAACGCCCCCCAUGCUGAUGACGAUGAUUCUUGUAGUAUCAACAGUGACCCAGAAGCCAAGUGUUUCGCUGUGCGUUCUCUGGGCUGGGUAGAGAUGGCAGAGGAGGACCUUGCCCCCGGGAAGAGCAGUGUCGCUGUCAACAACUGCAUCCGGCAGCUUUCCUACUGCAAAAACGACAUCCGGGACACCGUAGGCAUCUGGGGAGAGGGCAAAGACAUGUACCUGAUCCUGGAAAACGACACGCUCAGCCUGGUGGACCCCAUGGACCGCUCCGUGUUACACUCCCAGCCCAUCGUGAGCAUCCGCGUGUGGGGCGUGGGCCGAGACAACGGCCGGGACUUUGCUUAUGUGGCCAGAGACAAAGACACGAGGAUUCUGAAAUGCCAUGUGUUUCGAUGUGACACACCAGCAAAAGCCAUUGCCACGAGUCUCCACGAAAUCUGCUCCAAGAUUAUGGCUGAACGGAAGAAUGCCAAAGCCCUGGCCUGCAGCUCCUUACAGGAGAGGACUAACAUGAGUCUCGAUGUCCCUUUGCAAGAUUUUCCAACACCAAAGACGGAGCUGGUGCAGAAGUUCCACGUGCAGUACCUGGGCAUGUUACCUGUAGACAGACCUGUCGGCAUGGAUACCCUGAACAGCGCCAUAGAAAAUCUCAUGACGUCAUCCAGCAAGGAGGCCUGGCCUUCGGUGAACAUGAACGUGGCAGACGCCACUGUGACAGUCAUCAACGAAAAGCUGUCUGGCUUCCCAGAGAGCUCAAGUGCCGAGCACUGUCUCUCGCAGAGUGAAGAGGAGGUCCUGGUGGAGUGUCGGGUGCGGUUUCUGUCCUUCAUGGGUGUCGGGAAGGACGUCCACACAUUUGCCUUCAUCAUGGAUACCGGGAACCAGCGCUUUGAGUGCCACGUGUUCUGGUGUGAGCCCAACGCAGCCAACGUGUCGGAAGCUGUCCAGGCCGCCUGCAUGCUGCGGUAUCAGAAGUGCUUGGUAGCCAGGCCACCUUCGCAGAAACUCCGCCCCCCGCCCCCGCCCGCGGAUUCGGUGACCCGAAGAGUCACGACCAAUGUGAAACGAGGGGUCUUAUCUCUUAUUGACACUUUGAAACAGAAGCGGCCUGUCACCGAGACGCCCUAGCAGCCCAGGACUCCAUCGCUAUUGGAGUCGUCACUAUUACCUGAGGAUCAAGUAGCUACACUAAAGAAGCCAACACAUGGCCUUCCACUCAGUUGCUGAUGCUUCGUCUCCAGAGAACUUUACUUUAACCAGACAGAGUUAGACAAGCAUGUGACUUCGUCUUGCCGCCACCAUGUGAUAUGAAGAGAAGCAUGAUUUUUUUUUUCCUAUAAGUUACAUCAUGAGCAGCGGAAGGUCUUCUUGAUGUAAAUAUUGUGAACAGGACUUCCCGAGCACGCACAGAAGAGUGCGGCCACACCCUUCCUAGACAACUAACACUGCAUCCUUGGAUGAACAGUGCCCAAGUUCAUUUUGCUGUCCUCUUGACUGGAUCUGUCACAAGCCACCUUGGGGUCCCUCGGCACUUUGCCCAGAUUUCGGAUCCUGAGAAACACAUACCAUUGAAUUGCUGUAAAAAUGGGGUGACAGGUUUGGGUUUUAGUUUUUUUCAUAAAAGUGAGCCUCUUGGUUGACAAAAUUUGGCUGUUGGCAUUAGUUCAGAUACCAGCCACCAGCUCUCUGACACAUGGACACAGGUUCACGUCUACAGCUGUUUGGGGUGCUGGGAAAAGGACAACUUUAAAAUUGAUAGAAAACUAAAUUUGAGGAAUUAAAAGCAAGCAAAAAAAAAAAAAGGCCUUUCUUUUCAGAUGGUUUUCAGACUGGUUAUUUUAAAAAAAAAGAGAGAUUUACAGAAUCACAAUGCAUUCGGGAUGGAACGUAUUUCAAACUUCUGCCUUACAUUGUACAAUGCAGCUAGAGAAUUAAAGUGUACUGUGGCCAUUCUCUACCCACGCCUGGAAAAUGAAAUAUUCCUGCAGUUCCCAUCCUUAGUUUGAUACUGAGCUAAUAUGCAAUUUAGAGUCAAGGAAAUGCCAUUUAUAUCUGUCACACACCACUGUUUUGGAUCUCCACCGUGAUUCUCAUAGGUUCUCAUCCUGGAGGUAAUAUGAAUAUGCACUCCUGGAGAUUCCAUCACCACCCCGGCCUCUCUCCACUCUGUCCAGGAAGCUGUCUGUCCGUCAUCUGUUGUCCAUGGCAACCAAUUUUAAGUUGUAAUUUUCCUGAAUUUAUGUGUUUAAUGUUAGAAAUUUGUUAAGACUUGACUAGAUGUGUUUUUAAACUUCUAUUUUCCCAUUUUAUUUUCAAGAUUUAAUUUUUUUCCUGUCAGAGCAGAAAUAAUGGAUUUUCUUACAGUGACUCCUACAUAGCAUGCUCCUGCCUCUUAUUUGUGUAGCUAAGGAACCUAACCAUAAACAUAUGCAAAUAUAAACUCUUGUUGACAGUGUUAUUUUAAAAGGCCCAUCUUAUUAGUGCCAUUUACUUUUAAUGUCAAAACUAAUAUCCAGUUGUAAAAUAGUGCUUUCUUUUUUUUUUUUUUAACCUUGCUCUGUACCUGUCAGAACUGUCUGCCCAGUUUUGUCACAUUUGAGCCUUACAUGGUAGGGAAGGCACUGAACUCACUGAGGAGAUCAGAGUACACAGCACCAAAAGCUAACGAAGUGACUUAGGAUGCCACCAAAGAUCACGAGAGCCAGGGUCACUACCCACAUCGCCAAGCCUGUACCACACUAUGCCUCCUGUGUGCAGUCAGGAGGACCCUUCACAAAUUACUCUGGGACCACACAGGGAGCAGAAAUGCUGUCAGGCAAUCUCGGGAGUUCCCCAGUGAGUUAAGGUCCACUUACUGUAAGACCAUUGUCCUUUCUUGGUCCAGGACUGUGUUCCUCAAAUCUGUCACAGAGGAGGCGUGUCUGUCCUCAGCAGCCUGGUCCUGUCUCAGACUUUCCAGAGGUUGUGUUCCCUGUGGUAGGAACAUUCCUGGCUGUGGCACUUACCACCACAGACCGUGUUGGAGUGACAGCGAGUGGGAUGUGGAGGAGUUGGAAUUGUUCAAUGGCAUCCUAACAUUCCAGUAAAGGUAAUGUCGCUUGAGUGAGGCUGUCACACUUGGUGCCGGCUUGCACGCUAGCUGAAGUAACAGGUGCCAUCUGAGACUUUUCUGCAUACUGAAAACCUUAUUGUGCCCUGAGAAAAACUGUUUUAGACUCUCGUCAUCACGGUCUCAAAUGUUCAUCUCCACAGCGGAAUGUUUUAGGGCACUCAGCUUCAAAAACUCUGAAGAAGUCCGCAUUUCUCUAGGCAGUCUCUCUACCCAAACCCUUUUUAUUUUUUAAGGCAUAUGUUUGUUUUCAGGAUGGAGAAGACUGAGCUAGCUUUAAGUAGCAAACUGAUUUAUAUAUGCAAUUUUAGGAUGCAGUAAGAUGAACAAUAGCCUUUUUACGUGUGAAAUGCUUUGACUGCACAUGUUCUGUUCUGAGAAUAGCUUUGUGUACUAAGUGCAGGUUGACUUUUUUUUUUGUUUUGUAAAAUGAAUUAUGUUAAACAAUAUGUUCAGACACUUUCUGCCAUGGCCAAAAAGUAUGUAUGGAAGUGUGUUUGUAUUUGUCUGUGAGAGGAUGCCGAUGUUUUACCUGAGGUCUUUGUGAUACUUCAGUUACCUAUGCAUUCUUUGUAUUUGUGAUUCGGUAAGCAGGCAGCCAUGCUCACAAUGCCUUGUGUGUCUUAUCAUUUUUUUAAAUUAGCCUGUUAAAUACAGCUUGAAAUAUUUUUAUUUUAUUUAUUCUAUUUUUACUGAAAUAUACUGCAUUGUUGUGUUACUGUAUUAUCUUUACUGGGUAUGACGUCUGUGUAUCCAGGUCUUAAGUAACUCAGUGAACUAUACAUCACCUAAAAGGUGGUUUUCGUCAUGAUUUGCAGUCACAUUUCUGUUGGAAUAUGUAGAAGAGAAGGCAAAAUGCUUAAAGUUCCUUUUAUUUUUUAAAAGCAGAUAGCUAGAUGCACCCUUACUGUAACCGUAUCUGUGUGCCCCUUGGAAGCGUCAAGGGGGUGGCCGACGGGCCGCCUGGCGAAGACCUUUACUCUGUAGACUAAGGCACUGUGCAGGGGCUUCCUUUUUAUAUCCUUCACAACACGUGUGAUCUCAUCAAAAAUAAACACACAGAGCCACAUGCCCUUUGUUUCAACCUGGUCUUAGGGCCACCCAUGGCUAACUAGAGCCACUGUUUCGUUUAUUUGUCUGUCUGUCUUACUGCAUGAAGGGAACAUUAGACCCAUUUCCAUUAAAGCAAAUUCUUGGUGAUACAACUGUUGGCACUGCUACUUUUUUUUUUUUAAAUCCAUAUUAAGUGUUUAAGAAGGACACACAACAAACUACUCAAAACUGGGCCUCCUAACUUGUAGCCCCGAAACUCCCCUUGGUACAUGGGCAUUCUCUUUAUGGUCAUUUCAUCACAAAACUUCAGAGACCACGUCUCCCUGACAUCAGUUCAAUUUAAUGAAACCAAAAGCCCUCUCGCCGGCCCGGUUUAACCUAACAUCUGAUGUGUUUACAGCCAGGAAAGAAGUAACUGGGCCUGUCUCGGCCUCCUGGCAGUGUGGCCCAGUGGUACAGUACAGCUCUUGCACAACGUGCAGGGAUCUGAGUUUAGUCCCUGGAAAGGAUGGGGGGGGCGCGGAGGGGAGGUUGGCACUUCAAGGCCGUGAAGAUGUCACCAGGCAGCCGCAUUGGCCACUUUCUCCUAGAAGGACAUCCUGUUUCUUUUUGUUGCCAUUUGCUGUUGACCAUGUUUACAUGUAAAAUGUCCUGGGAAUAAAUGUGGCUGUGUAAAAGCCUUGACUCCUUGAUCUGACAGCCCAGCUACAUAUAUAAGAAACAAAUACGAA